AAAGCACAGAAUUUUAUCAUGACACUGAUGUUUGAUUGCUAUCUUAAUCAUUUACAAAUCUAUAUAAUGCUUGAAACAAGGAAAAGGUACAUGUAAGUUAUAAUCAAAUAAAUAUAUAUUGUAGUUUCACAGGAACAUAAGCAAUUUAAACCAGCUGGAUUGGACCACGGGAACCAUUGAAUUAAACAGCAUAGACUUGUGACAUAGGACUUGGUGGUUAUUAUUUCAUUUUAUUUUGUUUAAUCAGUCCAGACAAAGUUGUAAAUCUUAGACAUAUAUUAGGUUGGAAGACUUUCCGUGAUAUGUCACAUUUGUCAAUAUAUUGAAAACACAGAAAGUGACCCGAGACGGCGCAUGACUAACCCUCGUUAACUUUACAUUUACACAUUUGAAAAUGUCUUUAGCACGCACAAUAUUUGGCUAAUUCACCUGAAAACUAAGGUGUUCUUAAAGCCAUAAACACUUCAUUAUUCCAAGCGUUUACUAAAUACAGGUCAAAGGGAAAAUAUCAAUGAUUAAACAGAAAAUGACAUAUAUCUUUAGUACAAAUUUUCUCCCUGUCAAAUUUAUGCAAUGGAGGAAGUAAUCAUAUACGUAGCUUACAACUGAUAAACAUUAAUUCCAAGUAAUAAACGUAAAGAUCCUAGCACAUAAGCCCAGACUAUAUUCUUAUGUAUACAGUUUGAAAAAUUGGUAAAUAAUUAGUUCGAUGUCAGAUAAACGCUUUGAAGUGUCGAUUUAUAGCCGGUGUAGUUGGCCUUCUAUUUGAUCGCCUUCAAUCCGAAUAACAGCCAUUUAGCUUCAAAGCAAAAAUGAUCCAAAGCAGUAUUGCUAAAUUAAAAAUAUUUGUAAUCAUUUGUAUAUAUUAUCACCGUAUACGCUACACAGAACUUGUAGCUUUUUAGUGUAUCUACGCAACAGUGAAAUAGGAGGGAGUAUUUUCUCUAGCGUAGGAAUCGAUCCAGUGUGUUCAAGCGUCGCGGGGUCACAGGAGGUCAAACUUCUCGUAACUCUGAUUGGAUGUAGGGAAAAUGUGCACAUUUAUCUUCAGCACUGACUGCAGGUCUUUCAGCAAACUCAAUGAUUUUCUACUCUAAUAUUUUUUCACUAUAGAUAGAUGGUUUCACUAUCCAUUAACAGUAGUGAGAGGGAUAAGAAUAACUUAGUUGCGCAAGAUAUGAGUUCUUAUUUACCUAUAAGGCAUAGUAGUGCACCUCGACCAGAGCACGAUAUUCAUGCAGCUGCGGAAAAUACAGGGUACAUGGAUCAUUUUUUAAACAUCCCCGACAUAUGUCCGACGGGAGCGGACUACCGGUCAUCGCGAUACUACAUGAACUCAUAUCAAGCCGAGCAAUGUCGGAUGGAAGCGCUCCAACAAAGAAAUCAUGACAUAAGAAUGGGACUACAGGGUAGACCUUCGUUCUACCCGAAUAUGAGCAUGGCAUCAAAUUUGACAAAUCUACGAUUCAGAGACAAUAUGGAUGGACUUCCAAUGAAUAACAACAAAAACGAACCCAUGAGCCCGGGAUGUGCACCAGGGCUUCCCACAGGUGAUACAGACGGACCACCUCCUUCGUUUUAUCCGUGGAUGUCUAUAGUUGGUCCAAAUUCUAACCAGCGACGUCGUGGUAGACAAACAUAUACAAGAUUCCAAACUCUUGAACUUGAAAAAGAAUUCAAAUUCAAUAGAUACUUAACCAGACGCCGGCGGAUUGAACUUUCACAUAUGCUGUGCUUGACUGAGCGACAAAUAAAAAUAUGGUUUCAGAACAGGAGAAUGAAAGAAAAGAAAGAACUUCAAGCGAUAAAAGAACUAAAUGAUUCAAACCGCUCUCCAGAUCUUAAAUCUAAGUCAACAACUUCUUCGACGACGUCGGAAACGCCGGCAAGUUGACAUAAAUUAGUUGAUAGUGUAGACUAGGAUAUCGCUCAUGUUGUCAAGUCAAAUAGAACGAGAAUGUCACUCUCAUAACGAGAAUCUUGAUUUUCAAAACGUAUGUGUCUCCGCACAUCAGGAGGGUCGAAGAAUAAAUCCGGGGUUGUGCCAUAACUAAAGUGUUUCACAUUACGCACAAAGACACGUGGAACAUAGCCGCCACUGAGCCAUGACAAUUAUUUAUUUAUAGUAACAAACUGCCAUAUUGGAAUUCCUAUGGUGCAAAAAUAGACGGUAUGCUCAAUCACAGUAGAGUAUGCCCUCAGUGUUCAUUUCUGUUAUGUUCAAAAUUUUAGAUGCAACAGCAUCUCUCCGAGUGUUCAUGUAAAAAGAUGUCAGUAAUUCCGGCAUUUCAAACCAAAUGGAAUAUUUGGAAAUAUAUGUAUGUAUAAAUGUUUUGAAGUUAUUGAAGAGAUGUGGUGAAUAUAAAAUUUCACUGCAAUUGUGACUGAUCCAUUUUAUGCCUAUAAAAUGUUUGUAUAUUGGUAAAUAUGAAUAGUAAGGUUUUUUUUUCGCAUGUUUGUUCAUUCAUAUUUAUUAUAAACGAGAAUAUAUUAAGAUAAAUUGUUUCUUGAUAAACUUGCCCGCAAAGAAUGAUAUAUUUAAACACACAAUGCUUGUUCAUAUACCAUUUCACAGAUAGAAUGUCUGUUAGAAAGUACAAGUAUAUAUCAGGAAACUGAAUAAGAAUACCCGUAACAUACCUAACAAAAUUAAUGAUACAUUGCAAAUUGUUUUAUUUUAUUUUUUAAACUUUAUAGUCUUCGCGUUUGAGUAUUUUUUGCAUUUUUUGAAAUGUUAAUCUAAUGCAUUAAUGAUGUUGGAUAUACAUCAAAGAUUAAAGAUUGAUGUAGUUUACGCCAGACGAAUUUUUAACCUUUGAUUAUCCUGUCCACACCAUUACGUCCUAAGUGUUUUUUUUCUGAAAGGCCGACACUUAAUAAGUAUAUCUUGCAUGCUGUAAGAACUUAAAGAAUAUAUUAAUUUAUGAUACGUUAUUAGAACUAACUGACACCAAACCGAUGUUUCCUCAUUGGACAUGAUCUCAUUAUAUUUAAAAGUGAAUUUCUCAUCCUCCAUACAGCUUCAUUUAACCCUUACCCUGCUAAAUUUUCUAUAAUGAACUUGUCCAUCUUUCAAUUUGGACAGUACCAUUAACUGUUAAAAGGGUUGCUUACCAAAAAUAUACUGACUGAAUGGCGAACAAUGUAGAACAAGGUCAGACUGCACGGAUGUGCAUGCUGAUCAUGAUCUACACUGGUCGCAAAAGUAGAAUCAGUCUUGUCCAAAAUGAUACGGGUUAAGUAAAUCUUCACAAAACUGUACUUGGGCAGCACUAAUUUCCUUUCAAAUCGUUCUGCAUAAAUGACUGACGAAGUUAUAUGAUAUGCAUGUCAUUCGUUACGAUAAAAAGCAUCUUCCUUGAAAUACAUCAUUCAGCAAGAUGUCUUUUUUUUUAACAAGAGGGCUCACAUAUUUACCUACUUGGUUAGAUAGAUCAAUGUCACUUACAGCUGUUGCAAUUAAAGGUUUGUUUCUAUAUUUUUUUCCUUUUUAAGUUGUCAAUUCAUUUCUUAUUUGCUGUAUAGCUUAAUAGUCAUGUAUUUAAUAAGUUUAUAAUAUCAUAAAGGCAAUGGUAAAGUAAUACGAACUAUCUGUGUGAAAAUUAGAUCAUUUUUUUAACCUUUCUUUUUACAAAUUUUGAAUUAAAAAAUGCUAAAUAUGAUCUUUAAUAUAUUUUUUUACAGUUCACCACAAUAAAUUGUAGUCAUAUUUCCGUUAAUAUCGUUUUAAUAGUGCAAGAGAGAGACUUUUAUCGAAAAGGAAGAAGAAGUUCUUCUAUACUAUAAUAAUAGUUUAACAAAUAAAAUCUGCGAAAAGACACAAUUACCAUAAAAUUCAUUUCCAGUUUUGCACGAAAUCUCAAUUUUCUUUUAAUUGAAAUACAAAAAUUAAUAUAAAUGUCAUAUAAAAGUGUUAUUACUCUAAUUUGUUUUAUAAUAUAGAUAUUACAUGUACACGCAGAGCGUAUCUGACUUUUGUGUCAAAGUCGUGGCAUUUUAAAAAUCAUCAAACAAAAUUUAUUAUUGCAUUCAAUUUGAUGUGUUCUUUACCAGUAAAUAGCCUGAAUGUAUCUUCCGUUGCAGUUGUAUUUACUGUUUGCAGGUAUCAAUUAAAAAUUCUCUUUGUUUAGUAUAUUCCAUAUAAAUCUUAAACAUUUCUAAAUGACUUAAAUUCACAUUUUUCUGUCUUAGUACUUGUAUUAUUUUGAAAUAGCUAUUUUUCCGUUUUAAAAAAAAAUCUUAAUCUUAUGUGUGGAAGUCCUGUCCUCUGGCAGAUUGAGAAGAUUAACCCUUAGCCUGCUGGCGGCAAGUGAUUCUGCCUUUGCGACCAGUGCAGACCAAGAUCAGCCUGUACAUCCGUGCAGUCUGAUCAUGGUCUGCAUUGUUUGCUAUUCAGUCAGCAAAUUUUCAGUGAACACCCCUUCACAUAACAAAUGGUACUGUCCAGAUUGAAUGAUGGACCAGUCCAUUUUAGAAAUUUAGCAGGGUAAGGGUUAAGUGGAAGCAUAGAACAGAACGAAGCAAAAUGGUAGCAGAAAUGGUUUGACCGAGUCUGUUCACAAGAGAUGAUAAAAUGUUCAACUCCUCUCACGGCUUCUAGCUUUUGGCUAAAUUUUAGUAAGCAAGAAUAACGCAACAAAGAAUACAGUGUUCAGAUUUACCUCCAGUUAAAAAGAUAAGUUGCGAUGAAUACUUACUAUGGCUUUCACUGAAACGAAAAGUGUCACUAAAUUAAUGAAACAAAACUGAACGGGUCAGUCAGAUUGAAACUUACAGGAACAGGGAGAGUUUCUAAGUAAGCGAAGAGUGUCCUUUAAUGAUGUUACUUGUAACAAUAUCAUACGUUAACAAAUAUGUUAAAAUAUUGUUAAAUCAAAGUUGUUUUUAUUUCUCAGACGAGUGGUAAACAAGAUGUUUUUCUUUUCAGAAUUUUCAGCAAACUAUGUAUAAUAUUUAUGAACAAAUUAUAUGCGUAUAAAUAUGAAAAAAGUGUGCAGAAUAUUUACUCGGUUUCAAAAAGCACAAUCUGACUGAAACUUUCAUAAAUGAUAAGUAUUGUUAAUUAUUUUCAUAAAAACUGCGCACAAAUUUUAUACAUAUAACAGUGGGUAAAAAAGGUUAUAAUCUACUUGACUUUUAGAAGUUUUAUUCUGUUUCAAAAAGCGUAUCCCGACACCAGUUAGUUGUAUUCAGGUAAAUCAUAAGCAAAUAUUCUAUUCUGUUUAACAUGUUGAAAAAAUGUUGUUGUUGUUGUUUUCGUGUUUUUAUUAGGUGAUACAUUAGUGAUAUCUUUAUGAUAUUUUGUAUAUUACAUAAUAUUUCAAAACUAUUUAAUUUUUGACAGUGUAUCUGGUAUAUUGAAAACUAUUGAAACAAUUGCAAAAACUAAUUAGAGUAUGAAAUUCAUAAAUUGUUUAUUGACUGUUGUCAGCGUUCAGUUUAUUAACUGUUACUUUUUUUCUCCGAUAUGGGUAAAUUACGAGAUGUAAUAUAUUUAUUUCCUUGGUGUAAUUUCAAUAUUUUUUGUUUUGGAUGCACAUUGUAUAAAUUCUUUUUUUUUUAUGUAACAGAGUGAUAAAGUAUAUUCAAAACCGACGGGGGGCAUAUAACAUAGAUUUCAUACUGACAGAAAUAGCAUGUAGAUGGUUAACAUAAUGUAUAGCAGAAUUUCAAGUAGUUGUAUAAUGGAAUAGGGCAACUAGAUUUUAUUUUUAAGUAAACAUUUUAGAUCCGUAAAAUCAUAAAAAAAACCUUGAAAAACGAAAUAAAUGUUUUGUGUAUUAUCAUGUAAAGGUUAGUUCCAAAUAGCACAAUAAUUUUGCAACAGAAAUUGCCAUUACACUUAGCACUUUUAAGUUUAAAUCAUUGUAAAUAUUAUUUUGGGGUAUUUUAACAUCGUUUACAUUUCCCGUUAUGUCUUUAAUUUAUAGUUCUGUAUAUGUGUAAUGAUGAAUGUUAGAACUAAUAAAUUUGAGUUAGAGUUCGAAAGUAAUUGAUAAAUGUUUCUUAAAAAUACAAAAUAGCUUUUACAUCGGUGAAGAAUGAAUGAAUUAAUAAAUUAAAUCAUUUCGCAAGAAAAGGUUUUUUUUCCGUGUUGGCAAAUCUCUUUUAGAUAAAUACAGGGAAGAAUAUGGAAUAUAGAUAAGCGAGUAUUGAUUUUAGAAAAAAAGAUUAGAAGUAUAUCAUUUAAAAGCAUAUUGUCAGCGUUCAAAAAUACCUGAAAGCUUUUAUGUAUGAAAGAAAAGUUUGUGUUUACUUCUUUAAGAAACAAAAUGUUCUUUUGUCAGUGAUAUUAAUUAAUAUUAAAUCAUAAUUAUAAAUACUAUGUCUGCCCUUUUUACGGUUUUUCAGUACAUUUUUGAAAGAAUAAAAUAUGUAUCAGGUAAUUUCACUGGGAAAAGUUUCGAAGAUAUGCUAAAAAUGUCAAAUUUCUCUCGUGAACAGCAUAUGUGAUCGCCAUCUGGUGUUCACGCGGUGAAAGUUUUCUUCUUACACGGAAACAAAUAAUAUUCUCUGUCUAUUAUAUCGCCAAAUGAUAACCGGUCUGAACUAAUCUAUAACUGUCUUCUACAAUCUUUUUAGCCCUAAUGCAUUCAUUUUAGUUUUAGAAAUGCAAAUUGCCUUGAUCUACUUAUAUAAUUAUUAUAUAAGUCUUAUUUCCGAACGAUUUUAAAAUUUUCAUAUUUGAGCCGCGCCAUGAGAAAACCAACAUAGUGGGUUUGCGACCAGCAUGGAUCCAGACCAGCCUGCGCAUCCGCGCAGUCAGGUCAGGAUCCAUGCUGUUCGCUUUCAAAGCCUAUUGCAAUUAGAGAAACUGUUAGCGAACAGCAUGGAUCCUGACCAGACUGCGCGGAUGCGCAGGCUGGUCUGGAUCCAUGCUGGUCGCAAACCCACUAUGUUGGUUUGCUCAUGGCACGGCCCAUUUGAUAAGUUCAUAUGAUAUAAUGCAUAUAAUGAUUGAGAAACUUUAAAUAAAAAUUAGUAUCAAUUAUGAAAAUUUGAUUCUUUUUCACUGCGUUCUGAUCUUAAGUGUUUGCAUUAUGUAUUCGCAAAGUCAAACAAGUCAUUAACUUGCAUAUGAUAAAACAGAUAGCAACACAUAAGAUUUAGCCUGAAUAUACGUGUAAACAAUUUGUGAGUCAGAAUUACAUGGUCACAAUUUAUACAUGAAAUUCUAGUUGUAAUGUAUGUGUCACAAUAUAUCGUCUGCCAUCAUUUUAUAUUUUCUGUGCUUUUUUUAUUUUU